CCUACAUCGACUUUCGUUUUUGCCGAAGUUCCUAUAUAUGGAAGCUAUAAAGUACACAGGCAAUGACGAGCCUUUCAUUUUGUACUACCUAUUGGAUACCCACAAAAUAAUCUGACAACAUGGCAGAAGAGGCGUGGAAAGAGGGUAUAAGGAAGAACUUUUCAUCAAUCAUCAAGGAGGUUGCUAACCCAGAUGAUCUUGUGGAGUAUUUCCACCAUACCAUUACACCUCCAUUGCUGAACGAUGACCAAGUCGCAAAAAUACAGGCUGUGAAUGCAACCAAGAAAACCAAGACUCGUUCAUUGAUAAACACACUGAUGUACGGUGAUGAGACAGUUCUCUCGGAGCUUGUUAAAGGUUUACGAGCCACUAAAAAUGAAAAUGUAGCUAAACUGUUGGAACCAUAUGAAGAAAAACUGACACAACAAAGGACAAAGAAGUUACAUCUUCCACCAAAAGUUUGGCCUCCUUCAACUAAAGAACUAGAUGAAAUGCAUGAGGCUAACAUUGAGCAGUGUGAUGUUGCUGAUGUAUCAAAAAGUGGAUAUACUGAGCAUGCAGAGGUUUACACUAUGACAGCAAAAAGAAGGGGACUUGCUGUCAUCAUCAACAAUAAAAUAUUUGGUCCAUUUGGGAAGGCUAAUAGGUCAGAGAGAACAGGCACCGACCUAGAUCGGAACAAACUGUCUCGUGUCCUCAGUCAACUUCACUUCACUGUCAGGAUCUACAACAAUGUGACAAGUGCGGAUAUGCUGAAAAUUGCAGAGGAGAGCAGUACCUGGCAACACCAUGAGGAGAGCGACUGUUUCGUGUUCGUAGUGCUCAGUCAUGGUUGUACCUCAGGAAUAUACGGUACCGAUGGGAACGUCGUCCAUGUUGACAACAUUGUGAAAAAUUUCAAUAAUGAAAACUGUCCCAAAUUGACUGGGAAACCAAAGAUAUUCCUAUUUCAAGCUUGCAGAUCCUCAAGUGAAAUAAACAAUGAACUCAACGAAUCAGGAAAUGUCAGGCCCGACUGCAUGGAAACAAGUGAAGGAUCUGAAGCAUCAUGUCAAGAUAAUGAUGAUGAUGAUGAUGAUGAUGAUGUAUCGAAGGCAUUUGAAAAUCUGCCAAAUGACACUGACCGGAUACAGGCUGACAGUGGUGUUGAUGGAGGACCAAACAAACAGAUUAAAAAAAGCAGCCAUAUCGCUUCUGAUUUCUUAUUUGCCUAUGCAACACCUGAAGGAUACCGGUCCUACAGAAAUGAAAAAAGAGGCAGCUGGUUCAUCCAAGCGAUUGUCUGGGUACUGAAGUACAAUGCUAACAAAGCCCAUUUGCAGGACCUGAUGACAGAGGUCAAUAGAUAUGUAUCAACUCAAAAUGUUCAAGUAUCGGAGAUUCGCACCACUCUGCACAAAAGACUGUACUUCUUCCCAGGAGUUUUCAACAACCCACCAGAAGAAAAUGAUUACAUUGACGAACCAGAAACUGUAAAACAGUAAAAACAGCCGCCAUGAAAUGUACUGUAACAUUACUCAAGGUAUCAUUUCUGACAUUGACACACGGUCAUAGGUUGAGAUACCUUUAUGCUAUAUAAACAGUACUAUGUUUGAUGAAUGCAAAUUUAAAUUCCUGGAUAUUUUUUGCUGUUUGUGACAGGGAAACUUCGAAAUUGUCAUCCACAAGAAAAUUAAAAGAAAAGUUUUCUUCAUUCGUGUCUCGUCGGUGUAGUUUUACAGGGAAGGUAAUGUGUUUUGACUGAAUGAUGUAUGUAUAUUAUGUCAUAGGGAACAACUAUUUAUUUUGUAUAAAUAUCAAAUUAAUUAAUCAAUUUUAAACACAUCAACUAUUGGUUGAGUAAAUGGUUUUUAUUCGCUAUACAAAGUUAUUUUUUAUCUCAAUUGGAUUUUUAUUUCUUCUGUUUUUAGGCACUGAAAUUAUUUAAGUAGCAUUAAGUACAUAAUGUAUAAAGGAUCUGCUAAACAUCUGUUAAAUUAUGUAAAGUAGGGGUUUGAGGUGAUCUUGGUGUCCGUUCACCUGUUGUACACUUGUAGGUAGAAAGAUACAAUUCAAGUACAGGAAGAAGAGAUGUAUCCCAGGCUGAAGGUGAUUAAUUGGAGGGACAUUACAAAACAGUAGAGGUUUAGAUAUUAUAUAUUCGAAAUAGGGGGGAAGUCUUUCAAGGUUUCAAGUACUAGUAUUUACGUUGGAAUGGUAAGAUUAAAGAUAAAUUCAUGACCUUUCCCUGGCAAAGCACUUAAAUCUCUGUUGAAGUAGUUUUGUCUCAAGAGAUGGAGAAAAUAUUACAAAAACACUUUGAAACUGUGAUACACCGUACAUAUGAACACAGUCUGUCACUGAGUAAGUUAUCAAAUUAUUAAAAUAUAUCUUAAUAUUUGCCUGACACUAAUACUGGUAGAAAAUAUUUCAACGUGUGGUGGACUCUUUUUGCAAAUCAAAAAAGAAAAAUAUAAUCAAUACAUUGUAGAAAACCCUGAAAAAAGUUUAUUUUUGUUUUGCUGCAUAUUUGUUUUAUUCCUAUAGAUGAUUAACCUAAAGAAACGGGUUGUAGAUGUUAUAUAACUGUCAAUAGUGAUGAAAUAUGUUGCAUAAGAGACAUAUAUAUCUAACAAAGUAUUUUCAUUGGUUUGAUGUUACUCCUUUCUUUUAUUGAGUUAUUAUUGUUUCUUUGAACGUAUUGCAAACACGAAUUUAAAGGUAUGUGGCUAAAAGCAUGUUAAUAAGGACAAGUGUGAGAUUUAUAUAAUCAUAGCAUGUAUAUCUUCAUGAUAUGUAUCAUUCAUAGUAAUAAAACAAAACAUGUAGAAAUAGUA